AUGGCCACGACACACUACUGGAGGGCAGUUUUGCAUGCUCAUGGAGGUGAUCAGGAGAAACUGAAGGAGGUCGUGGUCAAGGAUGCAGAAAUUGUUGGAAUUCUUGGGGCGCUUGUGCUGACAAUUACUGUGGCUGGGCUGGCCAUCGUCGAUGCAAAGCUAGCCGACGUCUCCUUGAUGCGGACGGUAUACGUGGCAUUGGCUUUUUGCAGCUUCGUUUUUUCCCUGAUAUCGUUGAUGAUCUCCUCGCGGCUGUUACUUUCGAUCAACAGAUUACCUGCCAAGGAUGCUUUGGCUUGUCUUGAGGAACUUGAUAGGGCUGGUGCUGCACACGCUUAUUGGUGGUUUAGCAGAAGCCUUCUAUUUCUGUUAUUUGCCGUGCUGUUAUCGGUGUACCUGCUGUACGAUGGCCUUUGCUUCGUCAUAUGUAGCACCUUCACGCUGCUGCCUUUGUGGAUGAUGUACCAUCUGCACAGAGUGCACGUAGGAGUGGUGUGGCCUAUGAUGAACUUCUCUCCUCUGGCGGCAGACAGUCACGACGACACCUCUGAUUCCGCAGAUCCCGGAGACACAUUGCCAAAAUCCUCGCGCACCAGGUUGAAGGGGCAAGCGGUCUUGCUGGAAGAGCAGCGUAUCGAGGAUGCUGCUACCAUGAUGGAGGUCAUGGAAACUUCCGAAGAGCUCGAUGACGCGAAGACGCAAGAACAGGUCGAUGAGAUCCGAGCGCGGAACAACUCUAAGGAGUGCCUGACAUGA